AUCACCCUACUGUCUCUACUAAAUAUUAAUCGAGUCAUUCAGACGUUGCUUACUAGUAACUUUCCGAGAGCGUCCAUUCACGUAAGCUAAUUCAUCUACAUGAGCCAAUCAAUGACCAGUAGACCUCACAAGCCCCGCCCCCUAUGCUAAUAUGAAUUCUCGCUGAAGUGUCUCGUUGAAUGGGAGCGCGUUUGCUCGUGGUGUACUGUGUACAGCCACUGUACUAUUACACACCAGACGAGAGGAACAUACUAUGACUUACUUUAUUUGAAAUGCAAAGCUACUGAAGACCAGAAUCAAGAUAUUUUUGCAGGAUUUUACUGUGUGAACAUCGCUGUGCUGAAAUGGGUGGCCAGGUAACCCGUACCUCUUUAGACGGAGGAACCAUUCGCUGCCACCCCUUGAAGGUGAACAUGUGCCCACAGCUGCCAGCUCCCCCGCCGCUCUGUUUCCAUGCCACCACGAAAGGCUCUCAAAUCGUGAUGGACAAGAUGCAGCGCAGUGUGCGCCGAAUUGCCAGCUUCUGUAAUGCCAUCACCUUCACCAACCGGCCAGUCAGAAUCUAUGAACAGGUUCGGCUAAAGGUAUGGUUACUUAUCUCUCACCCAUUUCAACAUGCCAUCCUGUAAAGCACUUUGUGUGGUCCCAAAAUUGCCCCCUUUCAUAUCACUCAAUCUCAGACUUUCCUGAGAAGGGGAAAACAGAAAGAGAAUGCUAGAAAUGCUAACAUGUGAGGUAGUGCUGUUAUCUUGUUUUGGUGACUGAGGUUGUUUGGAAAUGAAAAAACAAGAAUUUGUGUCUGAUUAAAAAC